GCGGCCCCUCGAGAGUCAACGUCGCCGCAUCUACUUUCACCACGGGGGCGCCCAUAUCAAUAGAUCCAGCCCCUCGACUCCCUCCAUUCCUCACAAUCCCACCUAGCUUCUCGAAACCAUCAGUACACUCCUCUCGCGGACUUGCACCAUGGCCGACGUCGCCGCGCCUGCCAAAUCCCCUGCCGCUGAGGGCAAACAGCAUAUUGUCAAGCCCGAGAAGCCUGACGAGGAGAAGUACAAGGAGGAGCUUGCCAAAGCCGAGAAGGCACACGCAGCCGCUCAAGAGAAAUAUAAUGCGGCAAAGGCCAAGGUGGAUCUUGCCCGAGGAGGUGGGCCCAACAAGGACUCUCCCAAUGCAAAGCGACAACAGGAACUGAAGGCCGAACUGGCCCAAAUCCGACAGACCCAGCAAGGCAACAAGUCUUCCAGAAACGCAGUCCAUGAGCGCAUCAAGAAGCUGGACGAACAACUCAAAUCCCGCCUCGCCGAACUCAAGACUGCCAAAAGCCGUGUGAACUACAAGUCAGUUGAGGAUGUCGAUCGCGAGAUUGCACACCUUCAGAAACAGGUCGAUACGGGAACGAUGAAGCUGGUCGAUGAGAAGAAGGCUCUUACAGAGAUUACGAACCUCAACAAACUCCGUAAAAACUUCUCCGGCUUUGAGGCGCAGCAGAAGGCCAUUGACGAUCUCAAGGCCCAGAUUGCGGAGCAGAAAAAGCUCUUGGACGACCCUGAACAGAAGGCCCUCAGCGACAGGUACUCCAAGUUGCAGGCGGAACUCGAUGGUCUCAAGGCCGAGCAAGACAACGCCUAUAAGAACCUCAACUCGCUGCGCGACGAGCAGACCAAGGCCAGGAACGAGCAACAAGAGAAGUAUAUGGCCCUGAAGCAACUCAAGGAUACCUACUAUGCUCAGAAGCGCGCAUGGCAGGAGUACGACUUCCAGGCUCGUAAGGCCCGUCAGGAGCGGAGACGUCAAGAGCAGCUUGAGUGGCAGAACAACAAGAAGAAGGAGGCCGCAGCAAAACGUUUGGAAGAGGCGUCGGCCCCUGCCUAUCAAGAUGAGAUUCUUUCUGCAGAGGGCCUCAUCAGAUACUUCGAUCCGUCCGCUUUGCCUGCCAAGGAGGCUGCCACCGGGAGCAAGUUUGCGGCUUCGGCACAACGCACUGUCGACGACUCCGGCCUCAAAGGCAUGAAGAUUGCCAAGAAAGACGACGAGGACUACUUUGUUGGUGGAGGUGGCAAGAAGAAGAAGGGUAAGAAGGGCGGGCCUGCCCCUGCUGAAGCAAAGUUUAAUGUGAACUUUGGUGUCCUUCAAGAGCUGCAAAAGGUCGGUGUUGAGGCCCCUUCGAGCCAAGCCGAAGUACCUGCGGUCGUUGAGAAGCUGAAGGCGAAGCUUGAGCACUGGAAGGCGGAUCAGGACCGCAAGACGAAGGAGAAUAUCGCCAAGGCGCAAAAGGAGAUUGAACGUCUUGAAGCCGAAGGUCUUGAAGGCGAUGCGAGCACCGACACGGCCCGCAAGCCCGCUCAAAAGAACCAGGCCAUCAAUGGCAAGCCCGUGUCGGCUGACGCUGAGCUGAAGCAGGAGAAGGACGCUGAGGGGGACGUCGCCGAGGAGCUGAAAAAGGCCUCCCUCGAGGACAAGGAGAACGAGCAGCCAGCAGAGGCUUAGAGGGCCGUUACGGUGUCUUGUUGAGUAGUGGAUUGAAAGGUGAUCAUGAGCGCCGGCGUUACCGGGUUUACCCGUAUUCCAGCUACUUGUUGUGUAUUGUAGUUAAUGAAAAUCUUGAUGACGAGGCGGGCGAUCUUGUUUACUCGCGCUAAAGUCCCCAAAGUUGCUUAGGCACUGGUCCCCUCUUGUCAU